GCCACCUUCCCGCCGGUAGUGGCCUCCCGCGGGAGCUGUCCCAACAGCGGCACUCGAGCUACCUGAGGGCAAUGGGGCUGUCCGAUGGGUCCGGUGAGUUACAGGGCGCCGCCCGAAUCCCACGUGUCCACGAAACGUUAGCAGUCCUGUGACCCGCCCCCGCGCCGGCCUAGGUCAGUUCUGAAAGGGAACCGCCGAAUUCCCAGCAGGCAUUUCCCGCCUGCACAGCCUCAGUUUACCGCCUUGCCGAUUUUCCGCUGGUGGUUGUCCAUCAGCAGCGAGGGAUGGGGGCGGGAUCCGGCGCGACCCUAGCUCUUGAGGCGGAAAGUCCCUGGAGUGCUGACCAGCGGGGUCGCAGGGAGGUUGCUGCCUGCCAAGGAGCCCAGGCCCAGGAGGUGCGCCGGCUGGAGGUGCGCCGGCUGGGCGCCUUGGGACCGGGAGACGGACCGCUGCGAGACAGGCUCUCCCCUGGCCGUGGACCAGCGGCGGCCGGAGGCAGCGUGGUUGUGAGCGCUCUGGCGCUCAGGGCCCUUGUACCCUCCCAAAGGGCGGGGCCGAGGAUCAAGGCUCCGCCCCCGGGCGCGUGCUGCCUCGUAAGGGGAGGGAGCCCUUUAAGAAGACUUGAGUGAUCUAGAAGGAGGGGAGAGGGGCCCUGAGGUCUGGCCAGCCCGCGGUGCAGAGAACCCCGGAGGAUCCUCCUUGUGCUUGCUCUGCUCCCUCCUCCAACUUGGACACCCCGUUAGAGGCUCUUCCCAGGUGAGUCCUACCCCUCUGGUGGGAUCCUGUCCCCUGGUUGUAGCUGCUUCCAGAUCAGAACUGACAGAUGAAAACUUUCCCCAAAUGCUAGUUCACCUUCCAGACUUAGCCCACUCCCCGAAAUAUAUUCGCAGAGGAGAGCUGCAUUCCAUAUGGAGUCUCCCCCAGCUCAGUUUCUUCUGAGAGAACUCCCCAGAUGAGGAGAACCUUUUCCCUCCUUCACCCCCUUCUCCCACUACCUCCCAGAGAUUCACCCCCAGGUCAGAACUUGCCUGGCUGGUGAUGGCUCUCUGGGAAGGGUUCCCUCUAGGUAGGAUUGGCUUCUGAAAAUUCUUGUUUCCAGGUGAAUUCUCCCUACUUCAAGUGGGAGCCUGUCUCUGGAGGUGAGAGCUUGGACCCUGGAGAUAGAGGUGUCUAGGUGGGCCCUGUCCUAAAGCUUGGGGCAGUAUUGCUUACAGAUCUUUGGUUUGCUCGGUCCUUUCUCUAAACUUGCUCUCUGCCAGUGAGUCAGGGCCUAUGGUACAGCUGACUGGAAAAAGGACCGGACAGGAAUUGGUUCAGGGAAGGCAAGAGGCCGGGAGAGGUAGGGGCUGGGAGGCGGAGCCGGUCUGAACCUGGACCCGGACCUGGACAUGAACUUGGAGUGGUACUCAGGGCUGGGCAGCCACACCUGAGCUGGAUGUUUAAGUCGUGGUCAUCCCACUCUCCCUCCUGGAGAGACUUUGGCCCAGAAAGAGGCUUCCAGCAGCCAAAGUUCAGACCACGGGACGCAACAGACACAGGCACUCCUGUCUGCAGCCCAGGAGAUGGAGCUGCAAAGACGAGACUACCAUGUGGAAAGGCCAUUGCUGACCCAGGGGCAGCUCGAGGAUCUGGGGCACUGGGGCCCAGUGACCAAGACCUACCAGUGGCGAGCCUGGUUUCGAUGUUCCCGUGCUCGGGCCCAUGCUCUUCUGCUCCAUUAUGUCCCAGUCUUGGGCUGGUUACCCCGGUAUCCUGUGCGUGACUGGCUCCUGGGUGAUCUGUUAUCUGGCCUCAGUGUGGCCAUCAUGCAGCUUCCACAGGGCCUGGCCUACGCCCUCCUGGCGGGAUUACCUCCUAUGUUUGGCCUGUACAGUUCUUUCUACCCCGUCUUCGUCUAUUUCCUAUUUGGUACCUCUCGACACAUCUCUGUGGGGACCUUUGCUGUGAUGUCCGUGAUGGUGGGCGGCGUGACAGAAACCCUGACUGCAGACGGGGCCUUUGUGCAAGGCUUGAACGCCACGGUUGAUGAUGCCCGAGUGCAGGUGGCCUACACACUCAGUUUCCUGGUCGGCCUCUUCCAGGUGGGGCUGGGCCUGGUGCACUUCGGCUUCGUGGUCACCUACCUGUCGGAGCCUUUGGUCCGCAGCUACACCACAGCCGCCUCUGUGCAAGUCCUUGUCUCGCAGCUCAAGUAUGUGUUCGGCAUCAAACUGACCACGUACUCUGGGCCGCUGUCCGUUAUCUAUACAGUGCUGGAGGUCUGCUCAAAGCUGCCGCAGACUGUGCCCGGCACCGUGGUCACGGCACUUGUGGCCGGAGUGGUGCUUGUGAUGGUGAAACUGUUGAAUGAAAAGUUAAAGCGGCAUCUGCCCCUGCCCAUACCUGGGGAACUGCUCACGCUCAUUGGGGCCACUGGUAUUUCAUUUGGUGCAAAUCUGAAUGAAAGAUUCCAGAUCGACGUGGUGGGCAACAUCACCACAGGGCUGAUACCCCCAGUGCCACCCAAGACAGAGUUGUUUGCAAAGCUUGUGGGAAACGCCUUUGCCAUCGCUGUGGUGGGCUUCGCCAUCGCCAUCUCACUCGGGAAGAUCUUUGCCCUGAGGCAUGGCUACCGUGUGGACAGUAACCAGGAGCUGGUGGCCCUUGGCCUCAGUAACCUCAUUGGCAGCUUCUUCCAGUGUUUCCCCGUGAGCUGCUCCAUGUCGCGGAGCCUGGUACAGGAGAGCACUGGGGGCAACACGCAGGUUGCCGGAGCCGUAUCUUCCCUGUUCAUCCUCCUCAUUAUCGUCAAAAUUGGGGAACUCUUCCGAGACCUGCCCAAGGCCGUCCUGGCAGCCGUCAUUAUUGUGAAUCUAAAGGGCAUGAUGAAGCAGUUCUCUGACAUCUGCUCUCUCUGGAAGGCAAAUCGAGUGGACCUGCUGAUCUGGCUGGUGACCUUUGUGGCCACCAUCCUGCUGAAUCUGGACAUUGGCCUGGCGGUUUCCAUAGUAUUCUCCCUGCUGCUCGUGGUGAUCCGGAUGCAGCUGCCCCAUUACUCUGUCCUGGGGCAGGUGCCAGACACGGAUAUUUAUAGAGACGUGGCAGAAUACUCAGGGGCCAAGGAGAUCCCUGGCGUGAAGAUCUUCCGCUCCUCGGCCACCAUUUACUUUGCCAAUGCUGAGCUCUACAGUGACUCACUGAAGCAGAAGUGUGGUGUGGACGUUGACCACCUCAUCUCCCAGAAAAAGAAACGGAUCAAGAAGCAGGAGAUGAAGAUGAAGCGGAUGAAGAAGAAAGCCAAGAAGACCCAGAAACAGGCUACCUCUUCCAAGAUCUCCUCAGUUUCAGUCAACGUCAACACCAGCUCCGAAGACAUCAAAAGCAAUGAUGUGGAGGAGGGACCAGCCAAGACCCGCAAAGAUGUGCACCAAGAGGAGGAGCUGGACAAUGUGGUCGCCAGCAAUCAAGAUGUCAAGGCCCCAACCAUGACCUCACUGAAGUCCCUAGGCCUGCCCCAGCCGGACUUCCACAGCCUCGUCCUAGACCUGAGCACCCUUUCCUUUGUGGACACCGUGUGCAUUAAGACCCUGAAGAACAUUUUCCGUGACUUCCGGGAGAUCGAGGUGGAAGUAUACAUCGCAGCCUGUUACAGUCCUGUGGUCACCCAGCUUGAGGCUGGACACUUCUUUGAUGACUCUAUCACAAAGCAGAAUCUUUUUGUCUCUGUCCAUGACGCUGUGACCUUUGCCCUCCACAACCGGAAGCCUGGCUCUAAGAGCCCUGUUUUGGCCACUAAACUGUGACUUUGCUGCUGGAGAUUACCUACCUCUGGAGGUUGUGACAGGUCACCCUCAUGAAACUCCUGCCUCUAGGCCACCUCCAGGUGCCACCCAGGACUCUGUUCCAUGUACAUGCACAUAUAACUCAUGGAUGGAUGCCUUGGGACUCCAUGUUCAAUGCUAGAGGCCUGGGGCAGGGUAUUGCAGUCAGGCUGGCCCUGGCUGGGUGCUGGAAGGGAGCUGAUGUGGGUUUACGCUUUGGGAAUAAAUGUGUCUGUCCAACUUCA